AGCUUACAGGGCCCCAAAAUGGUGUCCCGGUCAAUUUAUUUAGUUUUUUUAAUAAUAGCAGCUAGUUCUGCCUACGUUUUAGUGGAAAACGACGACCCAGAAGAAAGCGUGAUAUGGCCGUCCGAAUAUUCUUAUAAAGCUGAAGAUAUCGACCUGGUUAACGCCUUCAUUGAGAACUUCCAAGUUUGGUACAGUGCCGAGCACAACAGGUCUCGCAUCGACUACAACAAUGGCACCAACAAAAUAUACUACAUCGCCGAGUCUGAUGACGACAUGGGAUAUCAAUACGAGAUCCACCCAAUCACAACUGAAACUGUGAGGAACGAGAAUAUCUGCAUCCAAAGCUACUCUGAGGGCGAGCAGCGUGAUUUCUUGCCGAAUCUUGAUGGCUACGAAUAUUCGCAUGAGGAACUAGAAAAUGGCAGAACAGUGCGAGUGUGGAUAAAAGAAGAAGAGUCAGAAGAUGAAGAGCAUGUUACUGUCAAAUCAACGAUGUACGUGUACAGGACCGACUACGACUUCGACGUGCCUGUCAAGGUAAUCGCCAAAGCCCUGAACCUUGUAGACGGCUCCAUCCAAGCCAACAUGAUCAGGAACUACUUGCAGUUCACCUUCAUCGUUACUGCUGAUGAAGUCACCCUGAAAGAUGAAGACUGUAAUGAACCAGUUGAUGAAAAUCCCGAGUUUAAAGCCAUCAUCGAUCAUUUACAUCCUCAUGACCCUGCUCAUGUAGAGAAGGCAUUCCACAGUUACAAAAAACAUCACGGCAAGACGUACAAGCAAAAUGAGCAGGCAAUGAGGAAAGCCAUAUUCCACAAGAAUUGGAAAAUUAUCCGCGCUCACAACCUCAAAAACCUAGGCUACAAGAUGGAGCUGAACGUCUUCGCUGACCGCACCCCAGAGGAGCUGAAUAUCCUCGCCGGCACUCGGCCUUCGUCCCCCACGGCGGUGGGGACCAUGCCCUUCCCCCACUCCGACGAAGAAAUAAAGGAACUGGCCGAGGAUCUCCCUGACAGCUAUGACAUGAGGUUCCUGGGCUAUGUUGGACCUAUCAAGAAUCAAGGUGAAUGUGGAUCAUGUUGGGCAUUUUCUACCACCGCCACCGUGGAGGGAGCACUGUCAAAGUCCAAUGGAGGCCGCAACGUGGAUCUCAGUGAACAGUCACUGGUAGACUGUGCUUGGGGCUUCGAAAAUAGUGGCUGCAAUGGUGGUCAGCUCGACAAGGCCUACGAGUACAUAUUGAAGCAUGGCAUCCCAUUUGACAGUCAGUACGAAUACAGACAAAAGGAUGGCUACUGCAAGGUUGACAACACGACCGACACCUUCAAGAUCCGGGGCUUCGGACUCGUCACCCCCAGGAACCCAGAAGCCCUGAAGCUGGCUCUGGUGAAGUAUGGACCCGUCUCCAUCGCGAUACGUGCUACGAGAAAUAUGUAUUUGUACACCAACGGAAUCUUCUACGACAUAAACUGCGAUGGCUUACACGUCAACCAUGGAGUAGUGGUGGUCGGUUACGGCGAACGCGACGGUACCCCCUACUGGAUCGUCCGCAACUCCUGGGGCGAAAACUGGGGGCAAGACGGGUACAUCCUCAUGUCAGCUCUAAAUGACAACUGCAAGGUGAUGGACUCGCCUUACUACCCUAUUGUUUAAAUUGAAGUGCAAUAUAUCCCAUGAUAUAGCGGUAGAAGUAAAUAAAGUUACCACACCUCACUUUAUUAGCGUCUUUUUCCUGCGGUUAAAUACCCUCUUUUGCAGUGCAUCUGAUAAGCUUAAUGUAUCGUAUAUGUAUUGCUUCGUUUCAAGUCUUUCUCUUGACUAAUUUAUUUCAGAUUUUUAUCCAUCUACUGGUUAAUGUUAUUUUGUAUGUAUUUCAUAUAUUUCACAUAUUACAUUUAAUGGUCUUACUUGUAUUGUAGUUAUUUAUUUUUAAACUCGAUGCUUCACAAUGGAUUUGCACGAAAAAGGGUGGAGGUGAUUGGUGUACUAUAUUUAUUUCUUGAUACCGCUGGAGGAGAUACUUUGCAAUCUUUUAAUGACCAUGCUAUGUACUAUUUUGGAUACCGAGACUUUAAUAAAUUCCACGUGCAAACUUUAAUAUUUGUUUUCUUUGUUAUGGUAAAUUACGUACUUACUCAUAGGUGACUGUGGAGCGUAGAGAGGCUCCCUCACAAAUGGCUUCGUUCUCUCGAUCUAUUUUCUUGAAUACUUCUAUCACACAGCAUAGAAAAAUAAAUUACAAUAACUAAGCCUUGAAAUAAGAUUUGCUAUAAAAAAAUAUAAUUUUGUGUUAAAGAUAAACUAUGACAUGAAAUUCGACACAACCAGUUUCUAAUUUCUUCAACCAAGUAUAAAAAGGCUACAAUUUAACUUAAAAUGUAAACCUACAUAAGUAGCACAUGGAAAAUGUAUCGCCGUAAGUUGAAUAUACUUUUGACAGUUCUGGCAAUUCUGGCAAUUGUCAAUACCUGUGUCGGUGACGACGUGAAGAAAGAAAAAUGUGGUCCAAGUAACAAUUUCUGCAACAAUCCAGAUGGACAGAAGGCCUUUCAAAGGGAGCAGUUUCUCUUACAUGAUGGACAUGGGCCAGAUCCUAAGAAUGCCGGAUAGAUAUUCAAUAUUUAAGCUUUGGGGGAUCCAGAAAAUAUUUCAUGUUGUCUCUAGAUUUUCUUUUUGAUAUUUUUUAAGACACCGCGCGGCAGACUUUUUGUCAACCGAUAGUUGGGUCAGCUUAUAAUUUGUAUGAUGAAUCGGCCGUUACCAAUCAGUGUAAUGUGCUUCCAUAUAAUGUUCAUACGUGGAAAACCUUGGGGGAGGCCUUUGUCCAGCAGUGGACGUCAUUUGGCUGAGACGAUAAUGUUCAUACUGAUAAAACAACCGACCAACUAUCGGCCGACUAAAAGCCUGCCAACUGCCUUGUCAAACCUCUUUGCUUAAAUCAUAGAGCUGGUUUUAUGUGUCUGACUACUACAUGCCAUAGUAUUAUUUAAAAAAAAGCAUUUAAAAAAGGCUGUCCAAUGUGGUCGUGUGUUAACUUCGGAUGUUUGCCCCCAUUGCAAUAAAAUGGUUCAUGAAAA